AUCGCUUUGCUUUUGCAAGCUUGCAAACUACCUUGCAAGCGGCCGGAGCGACGCGCGAAGGGCAGCUCCAAAAGCUGCUAGAGCUCCUCCCGGGUCGAACGCGAAGGGCAGCCCCGUCCUCCCGGGCAGGCGUGCGCCGGAAAAAAACAGCUCGCGGCGGCGGCGGCGGCGGCAUGGCGGCCGACGGCCUGUCGGCCCUGUGCUGCGCGGUCUGCGGCUACGGCUUCCUCGUGACCAUGUGGCGCUGCCCGAAGGGCACGGGCGCGUACCAGCAGCAGCGGCUCCCGGCGUGGUUCCCGGUGCUCACGCCCAUCGCCUACGUGGGCGUCUUCCUGCUCGUGGGCUGCGCGUUUCUCGUGGCCGUGAGCGGGGUCGUGGACACCCCAGAGGUGAUGAGGCAACGGUACGACCCCAACUGGACGCCGGACGGCGUCGCCUGCGCGCUCGGCGCGACGUGCCAGGUCAAGUUUGAACUAAAGGAGGACAUGGAGGCGCCCGUCUACGUCUACUACGAGAUCGAGAACUUCUACCAGAACCACCGCGACUACCUCAAGUCCAUGUACUGGCCCCAACUACACUGGCUGAAUACCAAAGAUAAGUGCGAGUCUGACGACUGCGUGAACAAGGACAACAUUAACAAGGGGGAAUACAAUUAUAAUAGGGAGUACUGGGAGGAACUACUGAAGAGCAACUGCAAGCCCCUCUGGAAGGAUAAAGGAAGGCACCUGUCGCCGUGCGGCGUCGUCCCGAACACCAUGUUCGACGACACCAUACGACUUAACUCAAUACGGACGACGCCGGGCAUCACCAUGCGCGAGGACAAGAUCGCGUGGAAGUCUGAUGUGAACAAUGUGUUCCAGCAGCCGUUGGGCUUCGACUACGCGGUCCUCCCCCCGGAAGCGGACACGUCCGACGCCUGCUUCGGCACGCCCGGAACGGCCUGCGACGCGGCCAUCUGCAACUUAUACUUACCGACGCGCAAGGACGCGAAACGGGACUUCGAGGACAAGACGUCGUCAGACAACUACAAGGAGUUCUGGAAGAAGGCGGAUCUCGAGAGGUGCUUCGGGUAUACCUGUAAGGGCGCGCCCGUCGACGCGAAGCGGAGCCUCGACGUCCCCUUCGGGGAAAUUUGCAAAGCCGGCGAGAAGGCCGUGUUUGUGUACCCCGACCCCGACAAGUACCAGUACCUCUACGAGACGUUUCCGGAAGUGAUCUCUCCAUUAGUAGGUGUGGAGAGCGAAAGAUUUGCGGUCUGGAUGAAGAUCGCCGCGUUGCCGACCUUCCGGAAGCUGUACGGGCGCAUCAACACUGACCUGAAGAAGGGCGAUACAUUGGCUUUUGAUAUUGACUCGCGCUUCGACGUCGACGCGUUCUCGGGCAAGAAGGCCAUCGUCGUCGCGACGGCGGCGUCCUUCGAGAACACGUUCCUGCUCUGGGCCUUCGUGACCGUCGCGUGCGUGUGCCUCGCGGUCGCGGUCUUCUUCGGGCUCGUCCAGGCCUUCGCGCCGCGGGUCAUGGGCAAGGUGCGCUACUCCUGCCUCAACCCCAGACCCAAGGACGCGUGAGCACUAAGUUUGAGAUCCAUA